GCUAAAGUUUAACCGGGAUUGUUGAGGGUUGUUGUGCUAAAAAAAAUUAUGGAUCUUCCAACGUAGCUUUAGACCGUCGGAAGAAAUGACGUUCGAAAGAUAGGACAUCUCCCGAUGCAAAAAUUGGAGCGAUCUCCUAACGCACAACUAAAGCGUCGGGAUUUGUUUAGGAACUCGCGACGCAGUGUUUGAAGGUGUCGGGAGAUGGAGGCCAACUCUUGACGUCAUUAGUAAGGUGUCGGGAGUUCUUUAGGAACUCCUGAAGCACAUUGAAUUGCGUCGGAAGUUUGUCUUUAAAAUUCCUCCCCCAAUCUGUACUUGGUGUCAUUUCUUGUUCUCUACUUCGUUUCAGAUUUUCAUCGCUAUCCCUCGGUACCCCCGCGUCGAAAGCCCUAAAUAUACUAAGGCCUUAAGAUUUUCAUAGUCUCAUGCUCGUGCUCAUAGCCGCAUUUGAUGCCUGGACAGGUGGGUCUAUACCUUUGAAAGUGUUUGUGAGUACAACCAAUUUGGCUAACAAGCAGAUUUUAAACUAUUGGUGUGAUCCUUUUGAAGAGUGUUGGUUUUUAUUGGGAUUAGGGUUCACCUGAGAUUUGGCGGUGGAAUCCUUCUUUGAGCAGAGUGGUUAUGGGUGAGAGAGAUUAUUCCAGAGGUAAGUUUUAUAAGAAUUGAGUUUUUUAGUUAUUAGUAUGCAUCUCCUCUUAAUUUUUUUUCCCAUUUUUUUCUUGUGUUUUUCAAGCUGCACUUGAUAUUAUUUGGCCUAAAUAUUAUUUUAUGUAUUAUGCUAGUCUUAUGCUUCCACGGGUAACAAAUUUCCUAUUGCAUAAACUCUUGAUGUGCAUCUCUAUGAUUUUGUAUGGAAACAACGGACUUCGAUUAGUACUUCAGUCUUUUUCCCUCAUUUGUUUCUUAACAGUAUCUUGUCUAUAACAGUAGUCUUCUUUUUUCUUUCUUUUAUUAUUUUGCACAGCUUACUUCCUCUACUUGGAUUUCUCAGCCUAGGCCUUUUUAGUAAUUAGACCAUAAGACUCCAUUUUAAUUUAGAAUGGAAGGUCUUUUAGUAAUCCUUCUUUAGGGAAAAGGGAUGCCUUACCCCUUUGUCCUCUAGGUUGUUUUUUGUUUGGCUUUGGCUGUUUGAAUGAAUCUGUGAGACCUCCUAUUAAAACAACUCGUGAGGAAUGUUUUGGGAAUGAGAAAGCACUACCUUCUCUAACUCUAAAGUUUCACUUAAGUGGCCAAUUAAAUUCCAUAACAUUAUCUUUAAACUCAACAAAGGAAAAUACAAAGUUCAAGUUGAUGUAAGUGCCAACGGUUCUUAAGCCGUAAAGUGCAUAGGACAUCUACGUUAUUGAACCUUUUAAGGAUUUUAGCCCAUGAUUGAUAAAAUAAACAUCUUUAUUGAAUAAAAAAAUUAUUAUUUCUUCACUGAUAUCUGACUGAAGAAAAUGAAAUUAAACUGACUACAAGAAAUGAAAUUGAAGUACUAGUUGGAAAUUAGAGCCCAAGUGCUUCGGUAGUACCCAAAAACUCCGAGCCUUUCCCUAGAUUGAUUCUCUCUCCAUUGAAAAUAUCCUCUUGACACUCACUUGUGUGGGUCGCUGAGAGAUCCUAGUGUUGAUUUGCUUCAGAGGAACUUUCAUAUGCAAGGUUCUAACUUGAAAUAUGAGAAAACUUUCUAUGAGCUAGGCAACUGGAAAAUGGCGUGAUUGGUAGAAGUGGGUUUCGACUGCAGAGGAUUGUUGAUGAGAAGUGAAGGCUUUCGUCCCUUAAAUAGGUUCGAGAUUGGUUAGGAAUGACUGAAACUCAUGGUCUAAAUAGUCCUUACAAGAUUAGGGGCGGCUUAACUAUACUCAGCGUGGAAAUUGGCCCAUGAAUGUUAGUCCAGAACCUACAUAAAUGCAUCUAAUUUUAGCUCCAAAAGAAUAAAUAAUAGCACUGAAACUCAAUAAAGCUCACAAAUCCAUGCAUUUCAUGCCAUAAAUCAGUGAGGGAUUGAAGACAAUGAAAUCAUGAAUCAUGAUGAUGGUAGAAAUAAGAGUUGAAUUGAAAAUGGCAGAGAACCAAAUGAAUUAAGUAUUACAAAUCGGGUUCAAUAAGCUCAGUAAUAACAUAAGUUUUUUUUUUUAUUAUUAUUAUCAAUAACGGUAAAAUAACAGUAUAUACAAAAUACAGAUCCUAAUAUUCAUGGUUCUAACAAGAAACACACCUCCCUUUUUUGAACUUCAAAGCCACAAAAGUAAAUUGAGGAAAAAAGAAUUGGUUGGAUAAGAAAUCAAUAAAUAAAUAAAGUAGAAAAAACAAUAGAAAAUAAUCAACCCCGAAUAGACAAGAAAGUGGGAAAAGGUGCUUACUUGAAGCAGUGGAAGUCAGAAUGGCCAAAGAGACACAAAAAGAGGGACUAAUGGAAUUGAAUGGUGAUCAAUAUAAUUGAAUCGAGGGGUGGAAGAAUAGUGUGAUUAAGAAAGACAAUAGGAGGGACACCCUUCCUUUCCUUUCCCCCCAAGAAUGGUGUGAUAUGAAAAUGUAGAAAUAUUUUAUGUAAGUAUAGUUUCCAAUUUUGAGGGUAAAAGCAAAAUUUAAUAUGAAAAUACUCCUCAGUAUAUUAUUUAAAAAAUUAUUGAAAUUUUAACAAGCUAUAAUUCAUAUCGACAUUGGACACGUGGAUGAACACCAAUCUUGGAAAAAACAGUUUAAAAAAUCAAACGCACAUUAUCCAAAAGAAAAAGAAGAAGAGGAGGAAGAAAGAUGUUAGGAUUCUCGAAAGCAGAGUCAAAAUCAAAAUCACUCCAGAAUGCUAAGCCAUGUAAAAGGUCCAUUUCCCCCAAUUCCACCAACCCUACCACAUCCUAAUUGGAACACCACCGUCCUCCGAUUCACCGCUCCCCUCGCCCUAACCACAUCCACUUGCCGUAUCGCAACCACUGCGGCAGCGAUUCUCGCAGCUGCAGCCGUGAUUGCUUCGCCUCUGCCGUCUGCCGCAACCGAGACCAGCGCUACCGUUUCAGAACAACAAGAAGAAAGUAGUACGCUGUCGAACAUUCCGCAGACUCUUUCCGGCGAGUGCGCGCAGCCGAGUGACUGCAAGAAGGCGAGAAUUCAACGGCCGAAGUCGAGGAAAGCGGAAUCUUGCACGAUAAAGUGCGUGGGAACUUGCAUUAGAGGCGGCGAUGGAUCUCCCGGAGAAGGGCCUCUGAACAUCAGGAGACCAAUUGUUGUUUUCAAGCAAGGGUUUCGAAGUCGCCAAUACUGUUUGGUGGAAUGUUCGGAUAUAUGCAAUUUGAUCGGAGAUGGUGAUGAUGGACCCUGACAACAUUUUUUCUUUCUUUAUUAUAUAUUUCUCGUCACAUUUCAAUUCUGCUAUUCUAAUUACUUUUAUUACACUCUUAAAUUCGUUUAUUUCAUUCAUGAAAUAAAUUUUUAAUUAUAGUUUUUGAGUGAA